UCAUUAAAGGAAGUUGCUGGUCACAAGGAGGUUGAGAUUUGGAGAGCUGUCUCCACUCAGUCCUCCACUUAAGCAGGCCUGGGAUCUGUCUCACUUUACCCUGAUUUUCUCUGGACUCCUGAGCACCCCAGGGUUGCCCCACAAGGCAUCCUCUCCUACCUGUAGGCUUUGGUGGUCUGAUGACUUGAAGGCACUCUGGCCAUGGCUCAGAUGCUGCUUCUUCUGCUGUCAGCAGCUUGUCUGCACACUGGGAACUCUGCAGGAGCCAGCAGAGAAAAUGGUUAUGGGGUCAACCAACCAGCAAACCUCUCUGGGGUCCAGGGCGGCUCCAUCGAGAUCCCCUUCUCCUUCUACUUCCCCUGGGAGUUGGCCAAGGAUCCACAGAUGAGGAUAGUCUGGAGAUGGAAGCACUUCCAUGGGGAAUCCAUCUACAACUCCAUCCUGCCUUUCAUACAUGAGCACUUCAAGGACCGGCUCAUCCUGAACUGGACACAGGGUCAGACAUCCGGAGUCCUCAGAAUCCUGAACUUGAAGAAGACUGACCAGGCCCUAUACUUCUGCCAUGUUUCUCUGCAAACAACAGAAGGCAUGAAGAAUUGGCAGUCUAUUCCUGGAACCCAACUCACUGUGACACAUGCACUCAGCACCACCAUGAGGAGCCCCUCCACCGUCACCUCUGCAGUCACCACAGCUGGCCUGGAGGACACAGGGGGCCAGGGGAAUCCUUCCCUGCUCAACCUGGGAGCCAUGGUCACGAUGGUCGUAGCCAAGGCUGUGGUCAUAAUCCCACUCUAUGGACUGAUGAUCUUCCUGUGGUGGAGGCAAAGGCCAGCAGACUAAAGCCUAAACCCCAGCCAUGUGAGUGCCUGUCACCCCAAGGGGCAGCUGAGGGGCUGCUGGGAAAUUCAGAGGGAGACAGAGAGAUGAUUCAGGAGAAAAGCAUGGGACAUGGGUAGGAGGACCUGAGUUUGAUGGAUCAGGAGCUCACACAGUAUAAACCAGGGAUGUGUCAGGAAUUUGCAAUCCCAGACCUGGUCAAUCAGGAGACAGGCAGUCAUGGGUUGGCUGUCCACAUAGUCUACAAUUGGUGAGUUUCAGGCCAAUGAGAGAUCAUGUCUUUAAAAAUGAGGGGGAUUGCUGAAGGUGACAAAUCACAGUCAUAACAUUUUCUAAAUUGAUUUGAUGUGAACUAUUUUAAAUUACAUAUUACUGAACCAAAAGUAGUGUGUGCCAGUGAGAGAGCUCAGUGGGAAAUGGAGCCUGCUGCCGAGCCCAGUGGCCUGGGUGUGAUUCCUGGGGACCCAAAGGUACACAGAGAAAACUGACUCUGGGUAAUUGUCCUUUGCCUCUCAGAGUCACCCACAGGCUCCUGAUGAGACAUCAUCUCUUAGUCCCUGGCUAACAGACCUCCCAGUGCCAGGAUCUUUUACCAGGCAAUGAGUUUACAUCUAAGUAGUUAUUGGUUAGCAUACACCCUGCAUCCCACCAUUCCAAUGUCUCCUCUCUGGGAAUCAGAGCUCAUGGCUGCAGGAUUCUGCUGUGAAACAUCACCAUUUUCUGAUAGAUAUAAGAAGAUAACCCACUCUUCAGCCAUGUGGGCUCUGAUGCCCUCUCCUCGGAACCCAGGUCAUCCUGUGUGUCACUGGUCCUGAGACCCUGACUGUGCUGAUCAUGGAGUUGUUGACAAUUUUAAUAAAUGUCUUCCUCCCAGUAA